AUGGAUGGUUUGGAGUCGACAACUUGUUCAACAACAAUGCCACUUGAUACAACUACUUUGUUACUCGAGGCACUCAAUCCUGUAAUGAUCACGCUAGCCACGAUUGCUUUAUUUGCAAAUGUGCUUUUUCUUCUUUGUCUUCUUGUUGGAGUGCAACGGCGAAACCUUCCAGUGAAGCGUUUCCUCUUCGUCGCCAAUCGUUCUUGUGCCGAUGUGGUGACGGCAGUCGUCGUUUUGGUGUACCUUGUCCUAUCCAGAUCAUCAGUUUGUCACGAUAUUCAUCUCGGUUGCACAUCCGAUCAACCCGCGGCAAACCCGUUGCCUCUUCAGGUGGUUAUAACGCUCGAUUAUUGGGCGGUGGCCGGGAGCUACAGUGGGAUCGCUUUACUCACCUGGUACGCGGUACGAUCACCGCUUGGAUACAAGCUCCACCUCACUUCUUCAUGGGUUCUUCGCUCACUUUCUGUUGGAUGGGCAGCAAUGAGUGGCUUUUUGGGCUCAAUAAUGUUGCUUACAAAAGAAGAUACAAACUUCGAUAGCAAUGGAAUGAUUUAUGUGAUUUUACAUCGUUUGCGAGCGGGUUUAGGCUUAAAGAAUGACGAGGCUCUAUUAUGGUAUGUUGAUUUAUGUCACAAUCUCUCCGAGCGAUCUCAGCCACAGUUCGGUGGAGCGAUCGCUCUCCUUUUGCCCGUUUUCGCAUACGCUGUUUCUUUUUUCAGUUAUCUACUGGUUUCUUUUGUUCUUUACCGAAGAAGACAAGAGACUCGGAUCUCGAAAAGGCAUUUUGCCUGCGUUUGGAGACUCGGAAUGCAUAUGGGUCUAUUCACUGUCACUUGCGCUCUAAUGGCAGUUUCUUAUUAUGCAACUGGACCAAUGAAAAAUUCGUGUCUCCAAUUUCUCGAUUCUGUUGAAAACGACUCAAUGGAAAUGGAAGAACAGGUAGAAACUCCUUGUCUUUCUCCAUCUCUCCUUCGCUAUUCACUUCUCUGUUCGGUGGCAUCUGUGGGAUGGUUUAGUCGAAUGUGUCUUGAUCCGAUCAUUGAUUUGAUGAUAGACAGCCAUUUGCGGAGAACGAUCUUUUUCCAUAAGAAAGAGAAAAGAUAUUGCCUCGCGCGAAUGUCGCAAUCGCAAGUCAACGAAACAACAUCGCAAAUCAGCCGAUACACUGGCGAAUCGGCUUUU